CAGAGGAAUUGAUAGCAAUUGGAAAUUCAUUUCCAAAACAAAAGAGCGCAGGCUUGCACGCUCAAGUCAUCUUCCUUUCCUCGAAGUCCCAAAGUUUGCUAGGUUCUCUGCUGCUAUUCUCAAACGAAUAGAGGAAGAUGUCAGAAAUGGUGGAUAUAUGAUCCUUCUUCAAUCACGUGAAGGAAGAACUAAUUUAGAGAAUCCGAUCCAUCUCCCCAUUCCUGUGUGUUCUCCUACCACUAUGUAUGCAAACAAAGGAUGACCGGCCAGUACAUCAGCAGAGGCGGCAGGAUUAACGUUGGCAAAUGUUCAGUGUCUUUCAUCGGCAAUGCCGAUCUUCAUUCUCACGGAUGAAGCCAUUUCUGUCAUCUUCAUUUUCUUCAUCUUCUGAUUUGACCCGUGAGAACAGAAUUUCUCUCUAUUGUCCAAGUCUUCUACCUCUCCAAACAUGUCAAAGCUUGCGGCAACUCUUCCAAAUCCAAGCCCACCUCAUCACCUCCGGCCUCUUCCAAGACCCGUUUCCCGCCAGCCGGGUUUUGAAAUUCUGUGCCGGUUCAGGUGACACUGAUUACACGGUUUUGGUCUUUCGGCACAUUGAUUCUCCCGAUACGUUUUGCUUCAAUACAGUCAUUAAAGCCUACUCUUGCAGCUCCAUUCCACACCAAGCUAUAGGCUUCUAUUUCUUGAAUUUGAGAGAUGGGUUAUUGCCCAAUAGCUACACUUUUGUGUAUCUUUUGAGAUGUUGUGCAAAGGUGGUGCAUUGCUCUGGAGUUGGUGAGAAAUGCCAUGGGCAGGUUGUUAAGAAUGGUGUGGACAAAGUGAUGCCAGUGCAGAACUGUUUGAUACAUAUGUAUUCGAGUUUUGGUCGUGUUGACUGUGCUUGGAGGGUGUUUGAUGGAAUGUGUGAUAGGGAUUUGGUGUCCUGGAACUCCAUGGUUGAUGGAUUUGCUAGAGUGGGUGAUUUGGUUGGUGCACGUAGGAUGUUUGAUAUAAUGCCUGAGAGAAAUGUAAUUUCUUGGAAUACCAUGAUUGAUGGAUAUUUGAAAUGUGGGAGUCCUGGCUGUGCGUUGAAGCUGUUUAGGGAGAUGGAAAGGAUGGGAUUGAGAGGGAGUGAUACGACAAUGGUCAUUGUUCUUACUGCAUGUGGGAGGUCAGCGAGGCUGAAGGAAGGGAGAUCUGUUCAUGGAUCUCUCAUCAGAAGCUUCAUGCAAUCAAGUUUAAUUCUUGAUACUGCUUUAAUUGACAUGUACAGUAAGUGCCAAAGAGUGGAACAUGCAAGAACAGUGUUUGAUGGGAUGUCGGAAAGGAAUUUGGUUUCUUGGAAUGCAAUGAUAUUGGGUCACUGUACUCAUGGAUGUCCACAAGAUGGGCUUAAUCUGUUUGCUGACAUGGUAGGAACUGUAGGUCCCAGAGAUAGAUAUAGUGAAUACAAUUGCUCAUUGAUAGGAAAAAGAGUUCUCCCUGAUGAGGUUACCUUCAUUGGUGUUUUAUGUGCUUGUGCACGUGCUGGGUUGCUUUCGGAAGGAAAGGAUUUCUUUAACAUGAUGACUGGUGUAUAUGGUAUAAAGCCCAAAUUUGCACACUACUGGUGUCUGGCUAACCUCUAUGCAAGUGUUGAACUAGUUCAGAAGGCAGAGGAAAUAUUGAGGAGCAUAAUGCUGGAAGAUUGUGAAGAUGAGUUAUCAUAUUCUUCAAUUUGGAGUGGCUUUCUUGGGGCAUGCCGCUUCCGAGGAGAUGCAGAUUGGGGGGAGCGUAUUGCAAAACGCUUGAUCGAGCUGGAGCCUCAGAAUGCAUCCCGAUACACUUUAUUAUUGAACAUCUAUGCUGUAAUGAACCGAUGGGAAGAUGUUGCCAAGGUGAAGGAAAUGAUAAAGGAAAGAGGUUUUGGAAGAAUGCCUGGGUGUAGCCUUUUUGACUUGACCGAAUUGGUUUACAAGUUCAAGUUAGGAGACAGAUCACAAGAGGGGAUGGAGGAGGUCUUCACAAUGAUGGAGGAACUGGCCCAGAGACUAAGGUUGUGUGGUACUAAUUCCCCACCUGUGGGUGCUGAGUCUACUGACAACAAGAAAUGAAACCUGGAGUAAAAAGAAUAGUGCAUAACUGUGAUCCUCACAUAUGUAUCUUCUGGUGGUGGUGUAGAAGGCUUUCUUGUCAAGUAUGCCAUUGGAAGGUUCUACCCAACACCUUGGCAUGCAAUUCUGGAACAAGCUUGGUGCAUAAAGAUACCUGGCAUAUUGUAUCCUGAUGGGUCAGACUUAACUAAGAGCAGUAAAUGCAUUGCCUGGUGAGCUAUGGUUGAGAUGUCUACAAGCAUUCUGAAACUUUCUUUCCAGCAAGAAUUACGGCUUGAUUGCUGCACCCUAACACAAUUACUCAAGCGGGAUUCAUUCAAAUGGACACCUGAAGCCCAAGAAGCAUUUGAACAAUUUAAACAAGUUGUAUAAUCUCCACAAUUAGCACUGCCCAACUUCUCAAAGGAUUUCAUCGUAGAGUGUGAUGCUUCCAGCCAAGGAUUAGGGGCUGUCCUCAUGCAAGAAGGGCGCCCAUUGUAGAGUGUGAGCUUAUUGUACUCACAAUUCAGCAUUGGCGGUCUUAUUUGUUGGGUUGGAGAUUCAUUAUAUGUACCAUUCACCUAGGUCUAAAAUAUUUGCUAGAGCAGCCCAUUCUCUCACCAGAAAGUAGCAUUGGAUAUCCAAGAUACUGGGUUAUAACUACACUAUUGAAUACAAGGUGGGCAUUGGCAAUAAAGUUGUUGACAUUCUAUCACAUCCACCUCAGUUGGGCCAGCUGCUUGUUUCUUCUCCUAUCAGUCCACUCAUGGGCCAAUUACGGUUUGAAGCCUGUUCUGACAAAGGUCUACAAGACACCAAGGCAAAAGUAUUGGCUGAACCUUAGAGUUAUACAGGGUACUAAGUUCAAGAUGAUCUACUGUACUACAAAAACAGGUUAUGUGUUCCGACCCAU